AGAGAAGUAAAUCAACAGAUAGAAAAAAAUUUCUACCAUUACGUAUAUACCAUUCUAUUCGGCGAUCAUCGUAUCCGACUCGAAUUAUCGUCGAUGAGAAAGAGCAUACACGUUCAUAAAAAGAGUAAGAAAGGUGAUCGGCCAAGUUGUUGGAAUCGUCCCACGCUUGGCUCGGUGCCUCCACCUCCAGUAUAGCAGACAGCUACCAGUAUCAGCUGCAGUCGAUGUGGCAGAAAUGUUGGAAUACCAAUCAGAGCCUAGUCCACAAUCUACGCUUCCGUGAACGUGGCCCAUUGAAAUCUUGGAGACCGGAGACAAUGGCGGAAGCGAUCUUCAGUGUCCUCAAGGAAGGACUUUCAUUGAGUCAAGCAGCGAGAAAAUACGACAUCCCUUAUCCGACAUUCGUCCUCUAUGCGAACAGAGUUCACAACAUGCUAGGUCCUAGCGCUGAUGGUGGGGCCGAUUUGCGGCCGAAAGGAAGAGGACGACCACAAAGGAUUUUACUCGGCGUUUGGCCAGACGAACACAUUCGUGGUGUUAUACGGGCAGUUGUCUUCAGAGACGGUCAUUCUCCACAUAUUGUUAAAGAAGAACCGGCAUCGAUGUAUCCGACUUUAGCGAAUUAUGCGGCUUGCAAUGGACCAGAAGGAGCGGUCAGUCCUGGUGCUGCUGCCGCUGCGGCGGUGGCUGCCGUUGCUCAAGGUCUAAGGCAUCAAAUGUGUAGUAUGGUAGCAGCGGCACACUCGCAGCACGACAUGAUGGCGACGAACCUAUCGACAAGUCUAUCGACGAGUCUCACGUCGAAUCUCCAAGCUGCGAUGCAAGCGAGUCAGCAUCACAACAAUAAUGUGAGCGGUAUCGGUAGUAACAAUGGAGCCGGAAUGAUCGGUUGUGGUGGUGGUAACAAUACCGGUAAUUCACCAUUGAAUCUCGGCCUGGCGAGUCCAGGCUCCGGUGGACCACCCGAAAGUCCAAUGGAAAGUCCAUUGGCGAGUCCUUUGGGCCCACUGAUGGAUCCUGGACAUAUACCGGGUAGCGUGGAAGUUGGUAUCGGUGUCAGUGGUAUGACCUAUAAGCCAGCACGGAGCUUCGUCAGUCCACGACCGGAGAAUCUUUUUCAAGAGGACAUAGCCGACCUUGUCAAGAGUCCGCAUAGUCUGAAGGACAAGGACAAGAUCCCAGUGAAGUUGGAACCCCUUACCGACUCCCGUUGCGAAUAGUAAGCGACGAUUUACGCGACUCUCCGAGAGCGAGUGAGCAACCAAGUAAAGCGAGUGCAAAAAAGAGAAAGAGAGAGAGAGAGAGAGAGAGAGAGAAAGAAAUAGAAAUGAGGAAAUGAAAGGGAGUGAGUGAAGGAAAAGAAGAGGAAAAAGAGAGCGAGAGAAAAAGAGUAAGCUUUUCUGUCCGUCGAGACGCGAAAGAUAGAUAGAUAGAGAGAAAGAAAGAAAGAGAGAGAAAGAGAGAGAAAGAAAAAAAAAGAGAGAGUGAAUGAGUGAGAGUGAGAAAGAUAUAUAUAUAUAGAGAGAGAGAGAGAGAAAGAGAGAGAUAGAAAGUAACGACGAUUUUCCGUUCGACGGACCACAAGACGCUCUCUCUCGUCUUUCGGUACUCCGGGAUUUCUCGAAGAACACUUUGAGGUUCAAAUAGGAGAAAAAGAAGAAGAAGAAGAAGAAGAAGACGACGAAAAAAGGGGAAGAUGUAUAAAGGAGCGAUCUUCUCGAAAAAAAAAAAAGAAGAGAAGCGACUUUGGAUUUAAGGGGAUGUAGAAAGAGACAGAGAGAGAAAAAGAGUGAGAGAGAAAGAGAAAGAGAGAGGAAGAAAGUUAGCAGCUCGCCGAGAGAGAUAGAGGAAGAAAGAAAGAGAUAGAUAUAUAUAUGUAUAUAUAUGUGUAUAUAUAUAUAUAUAUAUAUAUAUAUAUAUAUAUAUAUAUAUGACUAGCGCGAGGGACUUUUUUACGUACGAAAAAAGAUUGUCGAGAAUUGACGACGAGAGCCUUGUUCGUGGGCUCCGCUUGAUGAAUGCCACGUACAAACCUCCGCGUAAAUCUCGCGCCCGCUAUUAGACACUACGUGAAUAAAAUAAUUGAGAAGUAGAAGAAAAAAAAAAAGAAGGAGAAGAAGAAGAAGAAGAAGAAGAAGAUGAAAAAAAA